AUGACUCAGGCGGCGAAGUAUGACCAAUUAUUUCCAACGAAGUGUCAUAAAGCCUUGGAACCUAAAGGCAUUAACCUAACACAGAUCAUCACGGAAACUAAUCCCAAGAUUUAUGACAACAUCCUGAACUCCUUCAUCGGGAUUGCCGCCGUACAAAUUGGUCUCACCGACGUCUUGAAGGCCAUUGGCAUUGAACCAGACUACAUUAUUGGUCACAGUGUAGGAGAAUUAGGUUGCGCAUACGCAGACGGCUGCCUCACAGCGGAACAAAUGAUUUUAUCAGCAUACAGCCGUGGUCUUGCAUUCAUUGAAACUCCCACCAUCAAGGGCGCGAUGGCUACUGUUGGAUUAGGAUAUAACCAGAUCAAACCCCUUUACCCGCCUGAAAUUGAAGUGGCCUGCCACAACAGCCCAGACUUCUGCACCAUCUCAGGUCCUGCUGACAUCAUUAAGACCGUCAUCACAAAGUCGGCGCAAAAGGGAAUCUUUGUUAAAGAAGUGCCUUGCUCUAACGUUGCUUACCACUCGAAAUACGUCGCUAAGGCUGGUGCAAACAUUCUGAAGUACCUCAAAGAAGUUAUUCCGAACCCGAAACCUGGCUCAGAAAAGUGGGUUUCAACGUCUGUUCCUCUGUCAUCUUUGAAGGACGCCAAGACUCUACUGUCCUCUGCCGAAUACCAUACCAACAACAUACUUAGCCCAGUUCUCUUCGAAGAGACAUCUCGUCUCAUCCAUCAAAAUGCUGUAACGAUUGAAAUAGCGCCCCAUAGCAUAGUCCAGACCAUAUUGCGGCGAUCACUACCAAAGGAUGUCAUCAAUGUAUCAUUAGCACUGGAGAACGAGGACAAUAUCACUGUUCUACUCAAUGCUUUAGGCCAACUUUUCCAAGCUGGUUUAAAUCCAAAACUGGCGAAUAUCUACCCACACAUACAAUUCCCAGUAUCACUUGGUACACCAAUGAUCUCACAUCUCGUCGAAUGGGAACACAGUGAGGACUGGUUUGCAACAUCAUUCCGGACCAAAGAGAAGACGAAGUGUGGAGAACGAGUAGUCACUGUCGCGUUAGAAAAUGAAGAUAAUGAAUACCUCAUUGGACACGUUGUUGAUGGUCGUAACCUAUAUCCCGCAACUGGUUACCUGGUUAUGGUAUGGGAGACGCUUGGUAUGAUGAUGGGUGAACUGAACACGGAAACAUCUGUGGUCUUCGAAAAUGUGCGAUUCCAACGCGCUAUGCCUAUACCAAAAGAGGGCAAUAUAGAGUUCAUUGUUAUGAUUCAAGAGGCCAGUGGUAACUUUGAAAUUGUAGAGAGCGGCGCGUCCAUUGUAUCCGGUCGUAUUUACGCCAAAAAGAACGUAGCACAGGAUUACCUCGUACUCAAACCUGCGCCCGAAACAACUGGACCUAAUGUUAAACACUUGCUUACGAAGGACUUCUACAAGGAAUUAAGACUGAGAGGCUACCAAUACAGCGGCUUAUUCCGUGGCGUCAUCGGUUGUAACACUGAAGGUACUCGUGGCCGUGUGGCUUGGGUCAAUAAUUGGGUCGCCUUCAUGGACUGCAUGUUGCAGCUUAAGAUAGUCGGCAACGACACCCGUGGUCUGUUUGUACCUACAAGAAUUGAGAAAAUCAGUAUAGACACCACUAUGCAUUACGACGCGGUCGCCAAUAUGAAUCUAAUAUCAGAUCGCCAAUCGUUUGAAAUACGGGUGUACCCAGAUGUGGAUGUUGUCAGGGGCGGUGGUGUUGAAAUACGUGGCCUCCACGCUUCUCCUAUCUCUAAGAAAAACCCUAUAGGUAUUCCAGUUUUGGAGAAGAACGAAUUUGUACCUAACUUUGGAAAUACUAAGAUGACGGUUGAAGAUAUUCUUAGAGCCGACAUACAACUCAUUUUAGAAAACAUCCAGAAUUAUAAAGUUAAAAGUAUUGAAUUGGUUGAUGAGGAAUACAAAAUAAAUGCCUACGAACCUAUCCUGGAAAAAGUCAGCAUAAUCCUUGAAGAUUUGCCACUUGUACAACCAGAAUUCUUACUUAUAUCUGAAGAAACUAUUGAAAUGCCAACACACAUAACCGUUGAAAACAAACAGCUAUCAGGAGAAAGUAACACUAUUCUAUUUAUUGGUGCUAAUCUCCUGAACAGGCCGGAGAUUCUACAACAAGCUGUAUCUACACUCCGAGACAAAUGUUUCUUAUUGAGUCGUGAAAAGGAACGCCCCAACCCUAAAGACCACGCCGAUAAAUACGAUAUUAUUACUAUUCAAGAUACUGGCGUUGAAUACUUGGUCCUAUUUAGAAAAAGGGUUGGUGCCAAACUAGCAAAAUUCGUUCAUGUUAAAACAGCCGAUCAAUCAUACGCGUGGAUUGAACAAGUUAAAGAGGAAUUGAAGUUGGGCCAGAAAAUUGUCAUUUAUAACCAAGAUGAGCCACUCAACGGACUUUUGGGUCUUGUGAAUUGUUUAAGAAGGGAGCCGGGUGGUGAGGUUGUUUAUGGUCUGCUUAUUGCUGAUCCUUCUGCUCCAGCGUUUAAUCCUGAUUUGGAAUUCUAUGAAGAGCAGUUAGAUAAAGACUUGGCUGUGAACGUUUAUCAAGAUGGACAUUGGGGCACCUACCGUCAUUUAUUACUUGAAGAUCUUGAAACCAUUCGCGCAAACCACGGUUGCGUCAACUCAGUUACAAUUGGAGAUCUGUCUUCUCUAAAAUGGCUCGAAGGACCAAUAAGGGAAAACCAAAGUUUUAAGAACCCAGACAGCGUUCUUAUUCACGUUUAUACUUCAGCGCUGAACUUCCGUGACGUGAUGACGGCUAUGGGUCGAGUCACAGUAGAUGCCGUGGCUCAAGGACGUCUUGCACAGGAGUGCGUGCAAGGUUUCGAAACAGUCGGCAGAUUAUCUAAUGGAUCCCGUGUCAUGGCCAUGGUCCAUAACAGUGGUAUAGCGAAUAUGGUGGAAGGGAACAGAAAUCUCAUGUGGACUAUCCCAGACGAGUGGACAUUCGAGGAAGCUUGCACUGUACCCGUUGCUUACGGCACUGUUUAUUAUUCAAUGGUAAUGGUUGGUCAAUUAAAACCCGGGGAGAAGGUACUGAUACACGCGGGUUCUGGAGGUGUGGGUCAAGCAGCAAUCAAUGUCGCAUUGCACUAUGGCUGUGAAGUGUUCACUACUGUCGGAACGCCCGAAAAGAGAGAUUUCAUCAAGAAACUCUUCCCGCAACUUAAAGACAGCCAUAUCGGAAACUCGCGUGACAGCUCAUUUGAAGACAUGGUUCAACUCCAGACCAAAGGCACGGGAGUUGACAUGGUUCUCAACUCAUUGUCUGACGACAAACUUCAGGCAUCAAUCCGUUGUCUCGGCUUCCGCGGUCGCUUCAUAGAGAUUGGUGUCUACGACAUCAGUAACAACACUCCCAUCGGUAUGGACUUCUUCCAAAAAGAGACUUCCUUCCACGGCAUUCUGUUGAACUACAUCUUCGACCAGAGCAAGGAAUUCAUAAAGACGUUACAAGAUCUCCUAGUAACGGGAAUUGCAAGUGGUGCGGUCCGUCCCCUGACGUACUGUACGUUCCAGAAGAACGAAGUCGAAACUGCCUUUAGGUACAUGUCGGCCGGAAAGCACAUCGGAAAGGUAAUAAUUACGAUUCGGGAGGACGAACGCACAAGCAGCCCAGUAAAGCCCAAAAUCCUGCCUUUAGAUGUAUUUCCAAGAUACAUGUGUCAGGACGACAUGUGUUACGUUGUGGUGGGAGGUCUGGGUGGUUUCGGUCUGGAGUUAGCAGAUUGGCUUAUCCUUAGAGGGGCGAGAAAAGUGCUUCUCACGUCUAGAAGAGGCAUCUCUAAUGGUUACCAAUCAUUCAGAAUGAGGACAUGGGCUAGUUAUGGCGCUGAUGUGCAAAUUUCAACCCAUGACGUUACAACUGAAGAGGGUUGCGAAAAUAUGCUUAAAAUGGCAGCAGAAAUGGGCCCUGUAGAAGCAAUAUUUAACUUGGCCGUAAUUCUAAAAGAUUCCAUAUUCCAAAACCAAACCCCGGAGACUUUUAAGACCUCGUACGGACCCAAAGCUCAAGCUACAAUCCACCUUGAUAAACACUCAAGAAUACUAUGCCCGAAAUUAAAGGACUUUGUGAUUUUCUCAUCGGUGUCCUGUGGCCGUGGUAACGCUGGUCAAACUAACUAUGGAUUCUCUAAUUCGGUAAUGGAGAGGAUCUGCGAACUAAGGAAGAGAGAGGGUCUUCCAGCGCUAGCCGUACAAUGGGGAGCUGUCGGAGACGUGGGUUUAGUAGCAGAUAUGCAAGACAAGGACAUUCAAUUGGAGAUUGGCGGAACUCUCCAGCAAAGGAUCUCUUCUUGUCUCCUCUCUUUAGACAAGUUCCUUAAACAGGACGCUGCAAUCGUAUCAUCUAUUGUAGUUGCUGAAAAGAGGACUGGAAGAUCGGGAUGUGGAAACAUUGUGGACGCUGUCGCUCAAAUUAUGGGUAUUAAGAAUCUUAAGAUGGUUUCCCAACAAGUAUCACUUGCCGAGCUGGGUAUGGACAGUAUGACGGCAGUGGAAAUCAAACAGACACUUGAGAGAGAAUUUGAAGUCUUCCUGACUGCUCAAGACAUUAGAACUUUAACAUUUGCCAAAUUAGUAGAGUUAACAGCACAAAGAGAAGAAGCUACGACAAUUCAGACGAUUGCUGUUCAACCGGUUAUCUCCGAUGCUGCAGUUGGUAUGAAAGUUCUGAUGAGAAACUUUGGUGAUGAAAAGGACAUUUCAGAGCCCUUCAUAUUCAUGCCGACGUUAGUUAGCGAUGGCACUGAGUCUGAUGUAAUCAUAAACAAGGACGAAAAAGUAAUGUUCCUGUUACCGGGUCUUGAAGGAACGGCCUCUACCAUGAUACCGCUUUGCAAGAGGCUCAAAAUUAAGUGUUGCGUCCUACAAUAUGGCACAGAGAAUAAAAACGAGGACAUCGAUAGUAUGGUCGAGAGACUUUACGAGACGGUCAAACUUCGACUUAACCCAGGAGCGCAAUUUACACUUCUUGGAUACAGUUUUGGUUCCUCGCUUGCUUUGAAGCUUACGGCCAGACUCGAAAAUGAAGGUCAUCAAGGUUCGUUAUUCAUUGUCGACGGUUCACCCGAUUUCUUAUACGGGUUUCUCUCUAUGUUAAUGGACAUUCAAAAUGACACUCAGCUUCAGAACAGUCUUAUUUGUAACGUAAUUGACUUGGUAGCUCCCAACAACGAAAUCCCAGAUCUCAUGGAAAGACUUAAUGAAAUCGAGACAUAUGAUGAUAGAAUCCAGUACGCCGUAAAGGCAUGCCCUGCCCAACACAAUUACUCCAAUAAAUUCAUUACUGACAUCUCAAUUGCCUGCUUUAAUAGAAUGAAAAUAAUUAUCAACUUAAAAACUAUAAGUUUCAAGAAACUUAAAACGCCUAUCACCCUUCUUCGUCCUAAAAAAACUCCAUCGUUGCUUGCAAUUGAAGAGAACUACGGUUUAGACAAUUUUACGGAAGGUAAUGUCACCGUACACUUAUUGGAAGGCAAUCAUCAUUCUAUACUGGAAAACAAAGACUGUGCUACCAUUAUUAAUGCAGAGUUAUUAACAAACGACUCGUCAAACACGAAGGCAGAAAGCAAUGUUGUGACCAAUAUGAUAGAAAAAGAACGCUCUCUUCAAGUUUAA